ACGCGAUCAGCUGUCGAGAUUUGGUUCCGCCAAUCACAGUGCUUUGUUGAUUCGACUGCACCAAUCACGAGCCACCAUUGCCAUCGAUCGACCCAACUGACCAGCAUGGCGUCCUUCGCUUCGACGGUGCUCGGGCUGCCGCCGAUCGCAGCGCUCGUCUUUAGCUACCAGCACGGCGUCUACGCGUGCGUACGCCAUCGGUUUGUCGAGUUUGCAACGGCCGUCGGCUUUGACGCGGCCACUGACGGCCGGUACCACCUCUGCCGCCACGUCCAAAGCCGACUCGAUCAUCCCCUUCGCAGCGUCUCGACGCUGAGCGUGCGCGAGCUCUUUCUCUUCUCCGAGAACGACCGCGACAUUCGCUUUGUCUUGCACUUGGCUAUCUACGAAGGCGACGCGGCUGCGGUGGCGCGCAUUCUCGCCUGCGCCGACGACCUCUUCUCGGAGAAUGCGAUCGACAUGGCGAUCUUCUAUCACCUCUCGGAAAUCGCCGCGCAUCUCUUGUCGCACCGCGCGACCGUACUGCAACAUGGACGCACGGUCCAUCGACAUGGCUGGCGCCACGAGCUGCCGGCGCUUGUGGCGAAGCGCAAUGCGAGGGCAGCGCUAAAACUCCUCAGCGCCUACUAUGCGACUCCAUUCGGCGAGCACUGGGCCGUUGACGCAAUCAUCGCUGCCGUCAAGAACGUGUGCUUGGACAGUGUUCGCUACCUCUACGAGGCGCACCCCGAGACGAAAUGCGCCCGUGUCCUCGCGGCUGUUGUCGGCACGCCAGCGGUGGUCGCGGCACUGGAACCUGACGGGUCGCCUUUAAGUGCCGUCGACGAAGCCGCUGCGAAUGGCUAUGACGAUGACAACGUUCGAAGCCGUUUGCGCGGCGGCAGGACCGAGAUCGACCACCUCGAGCACGUUGCUUUCGACCUCGACCGCUAACGCCUUGUGCGAUAAACCGAUGGGAAUAUACCCAAACAUGUCGCGCACCCGAUCGUUGCUUCUUCUUCUUCAUGCUCUC